AUGCCCUCGGCAACUGCGCUCCGGGCUCUGGUGCCACUGCUGCUGCCGCCCCUGCUGCUGCUGCUGCCGCUGCCCCGCGGCGCCGGGGGGCUCGGGGGGCGCUCGGAGGCCGCCCUGGACUACUGGGCUCCGGAAGGCGAGGCGGGCGCGGAGCCGCAGCUGGAGCACUACCACGAUCCGUGCAAAGCCGCUGUCUUCUGGGGAGACAUUGCUUUGGAUGAAGAUGAUCUGAAGUUAUUUCAUAUUGACAAGACCCAAGACUGGACUAAGCCAUCAGAAGAAGAAAUGGGACAUAACACUGGUGGGCUGGAAGAGCAUGCGUCUGAGAACUGGCUAAACACAACAGCUUCAGCUUCGAACACCAGCAGCCAGGCAGCUAGAAAGGAUGGCAAGGAGGAAACCAUACUGCUGCAUAGCUCUGACACCUCCAAAGCGACAAUCAAGACCUUCUCUGCCCGGGUCCGCAGAGCCACAACCUCGAGGACAGAGAGGAUAUGGCCUGGAGGGGUCAUUCCAUAUGUUAUCGGAGGGAACUUCACAGGGAGCCAAAGGGCCAUUUUCAAGCAGGCAAUGAGACACUGGGAGAAGCACACCUGUGUGACCUUCAUUGAGAGGACGGAUGAAGAAAGCUUUAUUGUGUUCAGCUACAGGACCUGUGGCUGUUGCUCUUAUGUUGGGCGCCGAGGAGGGGGUCCACAGGCCAUAUCCAUUGGGAAAAACUGUGACAAGUUUGGCAUUGUGGCUCAUGAGCUGGGCCAUGUGGUUGGGUUCUGGCAUGAACAUACCCGGCCCGACAGAGACCAACAUGUUACCAUCAUGAGGGAAAACAUCCAGCCAGGUCAGGAGUAUAAUUUCUUAAAAAUGGAAGCCGGGGAAGUGAGCUCUCUGGGUGAGACGUACGACUUCGACAGCAUCAUGCACUACGCCCGGAAUACCUUCUCAAGGUCGGAACCUUCACUUGGGCCAUCUCUCCCUGAACCCAAAGGGACACUCGUCUCCAAAGGUCCUUUGUUCUUGAGUAGAGAUUGUUCUUUUGUUUGUGCAGCAUGUGGAGAGACCCUGCAAGACACAACAGGAAAUUUUUCAGCACCUGGUUUCCCAAAUGGCUACCCUUCUUACUCCCACUGUGUCUGGAGGGUCUCAGUCACUCCUGGAGAGAAGAUUAUCCUAAACUUCACAUCCAUGGAUUUGUUCAAGAGCCGCCUGUGCUGGUAUGAUUACGUGGAGGUCCGGGAUGGUUACUGGAGAAAAGCCCCCCUGUUGGGGAGGUUUUGUGGCGAUAAGAUCCCGGAGCCCCUCAUCUCCUCGGACAGCCGGCUCUGGGUGGAAUUUCGCAGCAGCAGCAGCAUCCUGGGCAAGGGCUUCUUUGCAGUAUAUGAAGCUAUGUGUGGAGGAGACAUUACCAAAGACUCCGGUCAGAUUCAAUCUCCCAACUACCCCGAUGAUUACAGGCCUUCCAAGGAAUGUGUGUGGAGGAUCACAGUGUCGGAUGGAUUUCACGUGGGACUUACCUUCCAAGCCUUUGAGAUUGAAAGACACGACAGCUGUGCCUAUGAUUACCUGGAAAUCCGUGAUGGCCCCACACAAGACAGCGCCCUGAUCGGCCACUUCUGUGGCUAUGAGAAGCCAGAUGAUGUGAAAUCGAGCUCCAACAGACUUUGGAUGAAGUUUGUAUCCGACAGCUCCAUUAACAAAGCAGGCUUUGCGGCCAGUUUUUUCAAGGAGGUAGAUGAAUGUUCCUGGCCAGACCAUGGUGGGUGUGAGCAACAGUGUGUAAACACACUUGGCAGCUACAUGUGUGCCUGUGACCCCGGCUACGAGUUGGCUACUGACAAGAAGACAUGUGAAGUGGCCUGUGGCGGUUUCAUUACCAAGCUGAACGGAACCAUCACCAGUCCUGGGUGGCCCAAGGAAUAUCCCACAAACAAAAACUGUGUCUGGCAAGUGGCAGCCCCCACGCAGUACCGCAUCUCCCUGCAGUUUGAAGUGUUCGAACUGGAAGGCAAUGACGUCUGUAAGUACGACUUCGUGGAGGUGCGCAGUGGCCUGUCCCCUGAUGCUAGGCUGCACGGCAAGUUCUGCGGGUCUGAGACCCCCGAGGUCAUCACCUCACAGAGCAACAACAUGCGCGUGGAGUUCAAGUCUGACAACACGGUCUCCAAACGGGGCUUCCGGGCCCACUUCUUCUCUGACAAAGAUGAAUGUGCCAAGGACAAUGGUGGCUGCCAGCACGAGUGUGUCAACACGUUCGGGAGCUACCUGUGCAGGUGUCGGAACGGGUAUCGGCUGCAUGAGAACGAGCACGACUGCAAAGAGGCUGGCUGUGCACACAAAAUUAGCAGUGCAGAAGGGACCCUGGCAACCCCCAACUGGCCUGAUAAAUACCCCAGCCGGAGGGAGUGCACCUGGAACAUCUCUUCUACCGCAGGCCACAGGGUGAAACUCACGUUCAAUGAGUUUGAGAUCGAGCAGCACCAGGAAUGUGCCUAUGAUCACCUGGAAAUGUACGAUGGACCUGACAUCCUGGCCCCUACCCUCGGUCGAUUCUGUGGCAGCAAGAAGCCAGAGCCCAUAGUGGCAUCGGGCAGCAGCCUGUUCCUCAGGUUCUAUUCGGACGCCUCAGUGCAGAGGAAAGGCUUUCAGGCAGCACAUAGCACAGAGUGUGGGGGCAGGCUGAAGGCCGAAGUACAGACCAAAGAGCUCUAUUCCCACGCCCAGUUUGGGGACAACAACUACCCGAGCCAGGCCCGCUGUGAUUGGGUGAUAGUAGCGGAGGAUGGCUAUGGCGUGGAGUUGAUCUUCCGGACCUUCGAAGUGGAGGAGGAGGCUGAGUGUGGCUAUGACUACAUGGAGGCCUACGAUGGCUAUGACAGCUCAGCACCCAGGCUUGGCCGCUUCUGUGGCUCAGGGCCAUUAGAAGAAAUCUACUCUGCAGGGGACUCCCUGAUGAUUCGAUUCCACACAGACGACACCAUCAACAAGAAAGGUUUCCACGCCCAAUAUACCAGCACCAAGUUUCAGGAUGCUCUGCACAUGAAAUAGGAAGGCCCAAGUUGUAGAAAGACAGGAACUGAGGAGGGCUUUGUCAUAGCACCUUGAGAGCCAGCCCCAAACAGUGUACAGUCUUUUUCUCAAACAAAAACUUAAAAUCCAAUCUGGAAGGUAUGUAGUUAGACAAAAGUUACCUAAGGGUUUGGCCCACAAAAUGAAAGAGAAAAGUGUUCCCUUGGUUCCAGCUAUAAUGUUAGCACUCACGGGCCUCAGAAGGUAAAGGUUUGAAGUCACUGACCACGCAAGCUAUGCUUGUUCAUUCUCAUUGUCCGUCCCUUGCUCCUAUGGGGCAACAGGCCAGCUAAGGGCUGGUCAUUCCACUGUUCUAGAUACGUUUCCAUAGAUGCCUGCCGUGCGACUAGAUCCUGGAGAUACAGCCUGUCUUCUGUCUGCACUGGGCAAUGAGGAUCAUGUGGCUGUGGCUCAUUUGUUACUCCCAGUACUGGCUAGGAAGUUUUGCUUUUUCUCUGCCAGGGACAUGUCAGCUAGGAACGUGGAGGACAAAGAGCGGUAGAGGACAAGGUAGCUGCUUACAGCGCAAACAUGAGAGUCAUCAUCAUGACCUUGGAAGACCUUUGCCUUUCCUCUGCCUCUUUGACCCCUUUGGGUUCCCUUAUCCCUAAUUACAUUAGGGAUUAUGGCCUCCACUGGACAUCCCAGCAGAACAUUUGCUGCUGGGAAUCUUGUUUGCCAAAAAGAAAAUGUCUUGACUCUUCCUGAUACUCCUUCCCAUCGCUGACUUUGAGAAGACACCAUCUAUGCCUGGGCUCCCACUGGCUUCCAGAUAACCUCCAGCAAUGGCAGCAACUGCUGGGGUGAUCCUCAGUUCCUUGACCGCCAGGGCAAAGUGCAUCUGCAAGACGUGCAAACACAUCUUAGGAGGGACCAGGGCAGGUCCUGGUGGGGUGAACACUGUUCGUUUUAA